AUGUUCAAAUAUUUCUUUGGUGAUGAUGAUACAGCAUCCUUAAAAAAUGAACCUACUAUAGAUUAUAAUAAUACAAUUCAUUCUUUCAAUACAGUACGGCCUUCUUCAAAAGUAUUUAACAGUGGUAGAAAUGGUGAACGGGUUUCAUAUCAACCGCCAGUGUCAACCAUACCACGUACUGAUUAUAAUAUAAUUGAUUAUUCGGAUGAUGAUUUAGACUCAAUUGAUCAUGAAAUUGAUCUUGAAUUGCAGAGAGACUACCAUUUGAUACGUGAGAAUUAUACAAGGACAAAUAAUAAGUUGAAAUUUGAUUGGGAAAAUCAUUAUAAUAAUCUUUACAAUAGUUCUGAUAAAUUAGACUCAAAAAUCAAAAAUAAUAUAAUUAACAAUAAUACAAACUAUUCAUUGCCUGAUAACUAUCCAGGCAAGUUUGUUCAAAGACAUAGGAAUGAUAGAAAUGAGAAUGAAAAAGAUUAUCAAUCCGAUCAUUCAUUUACUAGACCUUCAGCCUUAUACCAAGAUGUCACUAAUAAUAUCUAUGUCAAAAGUGAUACUCAAAUGGAUAUAGAUAAACAAAUUCAAAAAUUACAACAUGAAGUUGAUCAAGAGUUUAUACAAAAGUCAUCUAAGGUUUCAAAUUCAUCAUCACAAGAUAUCCAAUUAAAUUCAAUUAUCAUUAAAAUAAAAAGUCAGAAUGAAUUCCUAGAAGAAUUGAAUGAUAUAAUUCAAUUAAAUGAAGAUAAACCGGGUAUACCGAAUAAUUUAUUAGAUGAGUUUAACAAUUUACGGUUAGAUUAUAUAAAAGAAUUAAAAAAUAGUCAAAUAUUUUAUCAGUCCUACUACAAAUUACUAAACAAAUAUAGACAAUUAAAAAAAGAUACUAGUUUGAAAAAUAAAAUUCACACGAACAUUACAAAAUCUAAAUCAGCUUUCACUAUACGAGAAAAGGUUAAUUUAAUACGAUCAUUAACUAAGGAGAGUAAGAUAAAAUUAACUUGUGCUAAUAUCUUAAGUGAAUUAGAUAAGUUAGAUGAUAAAGAUAGGAUUAUUGAAGAAUUAAAUAGGAAACUAGAAGAAGCUAAUUUAAAGAUUCAACGAUUAGAAAAACUAGCAGCUGAAGACAAUAAUCAAAAAUAG